AUGCACCCAAAUGUGUUCCUACAACUAGCUAAAGAACUUGAAUUACAAUAUGGAUUGGAGUCAAGUGUUAAAAUGCUAGUUGUUGAAAAGUUGGGGAUCUUUUUAUACACCCUUGCCUUAGGUGUGUCCAAUAGAGAUGUUGGGGAGAGAUUUCAACGACUUGGAGAUACGAUUAGUAGAGCUUUUCAUGAAGUUCUAGAAGCAAUAACUCCUAGAGGCAAAAGAUUCAAAGGUUUGGCACGUGACAUUAUACAACCAAAAGAUCCAACCUUUCAAUUUAUACCUUCACAAAUCAAGAACAAUAAAAGAUACAUGCCCUAUUUUAAGCGACAUGCAUCACUGAAGCUUAACAAUUGUGUUACAUUGGUAGAAAAGGGAUACCUACUUAAUGUAAUGGCAACUUGUGAUUUUGAUAUGUGUUUUACCUUUGCAUCUGUUGGGUGGGAAGGAUCUGCACAUGACACGCGUGUGUUCCUUCAUGCUAUUAACACGCCAUCAAUGAACUUCCCCAAACCACCUGAAGAACAUCCUGAUUGUAUACCAAUUGAUGAACUUCGUGAUGUUCGUGGUAGUGACACGAGUAGUGAAGAAUUUUACGAAGGAUCUAAUAAUAUGAAGCGUGUUCGUAAUGAUAUUGCGACUUUAAUAUGGAAUGCUUGGCAUCUUGGGGUUGUGAAGCAGAACAUUAAAAAGAUGAGGGAAAUGGAUUAUUUUGUUGUUGCUGCUAAUGAGUAUGAGGAGAAACCUAGAAGUGAGCCAUGUUUGCUGUUAAUGGUGGAUACUGCAAGAAAAUGUAAAAUUUCAAAUUUAACAAACGAUUAA